AUGGCUGCUGCGUUGUGGCGCGUCUCAAUGCCGGGUUCGAAGAAGCGGGCCUGGGGCGAGGCGCUCUUGUCUGACUCGGAGCGAUGGAAGCUGUGGGUAUCGGCUGAAGACGAACAUGCCGAUUCUAGCGAAGACGGAGAUGAAGACGCGCAAUUGGGCACGCGUCAGCGGCUGCAUGAGCGUGUCGCGAAGGGCGCCUCGUCGCCAUCGCGCAUUGUGCCAGCAUACAAGCGCCGGCACAUAGAUGGAGUCAUGGACGGAAAUAUGGAGAUGAUGAGCCUGGAAGAGAAAAAGUGGCAGGACCCAGAGGUAUGCGAUGCGGAAAUGAGCCAAGGAAGCUCAUACGACAUUUCGCCGCACCGCACCUUUGUCAGCUCGCUAGACGAUUUGGAAGAAGAGGAUGGGCCCAGCUAUACGCAAUCAGGUUACCAAGUGAACCCCUGCGUGCUCGCGCAGCUUGGCGAUACGCCUAAAGAGCCGACAUGCGUGCCGAAAUGGCUCGCCACCGCUCAGGACCAAUCUAUUCUUGCAUCGCCAGAAAAAAUGCGGUCGCUCGUAUUAUACCAGCCACCGAUUCACGCGGUAGCACAAUCCAGCCGCGCCAUCGACCCUCCAGACGCCCUGAUGACCGACCUGUAG